CAGGACCGGCGAUUGGCCGGCUCGCAAGGAGGAGACCGCGUUAAGGAUUCCAUCGCGAAAAACCCGACUCACCGGCAGUGUCUCGAGCGGCUCCGGCCUGUCGCUUUACGAAUCUUCGAACGAAACGAAAAUUUUUACAAAUUUACACGCGCGAAAUUCCCAGAUAAUAAUUAAUUAAUCAGUGCCUUUGUGUUGUUUGCGGGGUGUCUAUUUAUUGCACUAUCAAGUUUUGCAUUAACAAAAAAACUUGAGAGUGCAUAAGCGUUUGAGUGUAAUGUGCGAGUGUUAGUAUUUAAUAAAUUCGAAAAAUGGAAGCAAACGGGCCGGUCGAAAACGGCACCAGACUGGAGGAGGUACCGCCGGUACCAUCGACUUCUUCUGCCAUGCUCAAAACGACCACCAUCAGUACCAUAGCCGUGCAAAGCGGGCACACCAGAAUCGUCAUCGCCCUGUUACACUGCGGCGACUGGAUCAGCUUGAAAGUACUGGAAAUAACCCCAGACCUCACCUUACUGGGCAACACCCUUCCGGAAGCUCUGGCGCUACAAGAAGCCCACGAUGAAGUCCUACGACAACUACAAGUAAGUACAUUCAGAGCCGGAGCGACUCGCCACAAAAAACCCUUCGAAACGUUCCAGAACAAGCAGAGCCCCGUGGAGGAGCUCCUCCGGCAGGCGGACCAGCUCAUCGCCACCCAACGGCCCCGCGCCGAAGUCUACGCCGCCAUGGCGGAGUCCCUGGGCCGCGCCUGGAAGGACAUCAACGGCACGCUGGAGCUGCGCAAGCGCAUCAUCGAUCUGAACGUGCUCUACCACCGCGCCGCCGGCGACUUCUUCGACAAGGCCGCCGCCUUGGAGGUCUCCUGCAAGGAGACCGAGGUGCCGGUGAACGUCGACGCCGUCAAGGACUUCCUGACGAUGGUGCACGAGCAGCGGCGCGCGUUGCUCGAAGCGCUGAUGGGCGCCCUGCAGGCCGGCAACUCGCUGCUCGCAAGGCUGAAGGAGCUCGGCGCCGAGGGCACGCUGGAUUCCAGGCCGGAGCGCCUUCGAACGUCCGUUAACAAAGCCGUUUCGCAAGUACAAGGCUGGCUGGACGAGCUGCAUCUCAGACGGCAAGUGCUGGAAGGAACCUUCUGCAGGAGAAAGACCCAGCUGGAGCAAUGCCUGGCGCUGGCCAUUCUGGCAGCGGACUUGCGCGAACUGGAAGGCGCUGUUCAAAAUAGAAGAGAGCUGCUCACCAACAGCAACCAAUACGGCGAUUCCUCAUCGAGCGCGGAACUGCUGCUGCACGAGCACAAGAAGCUGCUGCCGGAGGCGCAGCAAUUGCAAGAGAGAGCGUUGAAGAUAACCAAAGCGACGGAACAACUGGUAUCGUCUGGGUGCUAUGCCGGCGAGGAAGCCACCCAACAAGCUUACGCCAUCCUCUCAGCUACGUCUGAUUAUCUAGCCGAUCUUCAAAGUCGCGAGGCGCUCUUAGAGAGGGUCAUCGCUUUCUUCAGAUCCGCUCAGAUGGUACUGACGAAAUUGAACCAACUCGAAAUACAAUUAACAGCUACAGUACUGCCCAAAACGUCUCCGCAACUCGCCCAGUUGCACGCCCAAUGCGCCAAGGCCAUCGAAGAAGCCACUUCUCAGCCGCUGGCAGAAGGAUACGCCAUCUUGGACGCCGCCGGGCGCGGUACGGGCGCCGAAGGCGUGAAAGCCGCAGUAGAAGAGCUCGAAAACAAGAAAAUCCUGCUGGACGGUUUGUGUACCGCGCACAAAGAAGAAAACGUGAUGAUAAACAGAGCUUUGAACAACUUCCUGGAGAAGCACAACGAAAUCUACAACUGGCUGGUGACGAUAGCCGAGGCGUUUCUACAAGCCCACAGGGACAUGGGCAACGACCUCAUCAUGGCUAAAGACUUCUACGACCUGCACAACCAGCUACUCAACGACCUCCAGACGAAAGGCACCGAGAUUAACGCUUUGCUGCUAACCCUGCCGCCCAUACUGGAGUACCUGGAGGACGGGCAGCGGAAGGACGUGGACGUGAAGGUGGAGCAGCUGCACGAGCGCUGGAUGAAGCUGAAGGGGGUGCUGGAGAACCGCAUGGAGCUGGCCAGGAUCUACGUGAAGUUCCACACGGAGGCGGAGACGGUGCACAAGGGUAUGGACGAACUGGACGGGAUUCUGGCCCGGAACAGGAACAGCGUCGACGAUGAUGUCAUGAGACACCUGGAGGAGAAAUUCGAGACUAUCAAGCCGCUUUAUCAAUCCGCUAAAAAUACUGGUAUUACGUUCAUCGAGCAAAUCAAAAGUAUAACCGAGCACCAGGUCGACGCGAACCGCGCCCGCCUCUGCGUCGAAGCCGUUCUGGAGAGGCUGUCGGGGCGGCAGUUAGUCGUCGCCAGGACCUGGCAGACCUUCCACGCCGAAGUGGCGGAGCACCGGGAACUCCUCGUGCGCCUCGAAGUCACCAUGGAGGAGAGCACCAAGGUAACGUUGAUGCGGCGGCUCCCCGGUGCACACCUGGUGGACACCUGGGGAACGAACGCCCGCGAACCGGCGGAGCGACACCUGGUGGACACCUGGUGGACACCUGGGGAACUGCCGCCUGCGACUGUCCGGUGGAAGUUUCUGUUUACCUGCGUUGUUUUGGUUUGUGUUCGUUGGGUUUUUGUGUUCCAAAUAAGUUGGAAAUCAUGGGAGAUCGACAAGGGUUGGUUGGAGAGAAUGUUGGGUAAUUGGGAGGAUUUUGAAUUGACAAUUGGCUUGGCGACGAAAUUGGACACUCAACUCUAUCCCAUCAUCACCAGCGAUUCAACCGCACCCAAAGAUCUAGCCGAUUACAUCGAAAACAAGCUAUCAUCUACCCUACCAGAAAUCCGCAAAGCCCAAUCGGAUGUCAACCAAAAACUCAAAGAAACCGAAAAACUCCUCCAACAAGCCGCCGAAGAAAACCCCUCGGCAGUUGCCAUCAGAAACAAACUCCAGGAAUUCAACCAGAAACUCCAAGACACCGUCUCCGACUAUCAAGUGCUCUGCCAGGUGUUGAUCGGCUACUUCAGGAACUUGGAGGAAAUCGACAAGAAAGCCGAAUUGUACAACGCCGAAUUGCAGAAAACCCUCCACUCCAAAGACGUCUCCUCCAUCGACAGGAUACUCCAAGAGCACGAAUCCCAAAAGCAAACCAUCACCGAGAGGCUGCGCUUCGCCCAAGCCGAAUGCGACCAAAUCGCCGACAGAAUCACCAAACAAGAACCUCCCGAUGCCGCGCAACGAGACGUGGCGAAGUUGCAGCACGUCCUGCAGCUCCAGCGCGCCGAAUUCGAGCGCCAAUGGAAGCAGAAGCAGGAUUCUCUUCUGUCGCAGCGCCAGAUCUCCGCCUUCGACGGCGAUUUGAAGACCAUCAACGAGAACAUCGAAGACAUCAACAAGCAGCUCAAAUCCGCCAAGAACCAAUACGGCGAGUCCCUUUCCAGCGCCAAAGCGGCCCUUCAAGCCUUCGGCGAGAUAGAAGAACUAGUCAAAACUAUGGAGGAGAGGAUACAAUCGUUCAUCAAAUCCAGCGAGAAACUCAUAGCCGAAAACCACCAGGAUGCAACUCACGUACAAAGCGAAAUCUCCGCCUUGCAGGACCGAUGGAACAACCUGAAGAACCAAAUGAAAACCACCAGGAGUCUCAUCGAUACCAGCGUUCAUUACUUCCAGUUAGUCGAAGAGGCUGACGAAUGGUUCAGAGAAGGCAGCAAGCUCCUGGUGACCAUAGCGAGGAAGUCGACUUCUGUGAAGCAACCGGAAGAAGCGGAGCAACUGCUGGAAGAAGUAUCCGACUUUCUGACUCCCGGCGAGGAGAAGCAGAACGAGAAGAUAGAGAAAAUAACCGAACUGGCCGCUCAGCUGUACGGACCAGACGACACCAAAUACGCUCCCGUGCUGCGCGGUAACCAGGAAAUGCUGGAAUCCUUCGCAGCGAUCACCAAAGAGUUGAACACAUUGGCCGGAAACCUGAAGGCAUCGGAGGAGGAACGAGCGCGACUGGAGAAGGAGCGCGAGGACGCCAAGCGAGCCGAAGAAGCCAGAAAAUUGGAAGAGGAGAAAUCGAGAGAGGAAGCCCGAUUGGCCGAGGAGGCUCGCAAGGCGGAAGAAGCCAGAUCGGCGGAGGAGCGCAGGAAAGCGGAGGAAGCCAAGCUGGCCGAAGAGGCGCGUCUGGCGCGCGAGAAAAUCCAAGCCGAAGAACAACGACUGCUGGUCGAGAAGCAGAAACUCGAGGAGGCCAAACGAGCCGAGGAGGCCCGAAUGGCCGAAGAGCGAAAGAAAGCCGAAGAGGCCAAACUGGAAGAAGAAGCCAAACUGGCUGAGGAACGCAAGAAGCUAGAAGAUGAAAAGCACAAACUAGAGGAAGCUAAAUUGGCCAACGAAACGCGUAAAGCGGAGGACCAACAGAAGAUCAAAGAAGCCGAGGCGAAGCUCAAAGAAGAACAAGCUACGUUAGCGAAGGAGCUAAAAAAACACUCCAUAGAAAUCAGCGAAGUUACCGACUUGGAAAUACAAACGACCUCUUCCACCAGAGGAGUACCUUCGCCCAUACCGAUCGUCGAAGACGCCAGCGAAGCCCCCGUAUUCGUCUCGCCUCUCAGCGACGCCGUGAUACAAGAGGGCAACAAGUUCACCUUCAUGUGCCAGGUGACCGGCCACCCGGCGCCCACCAUCACCUGGUACAAGGCGGGCAUAUCCAUACAGAACAACCCCGACUACAGGACCACCUUCGAAGCCGGCCUCUGCUCGCUCACCAUCGAGGAGACCUUCGCCGAGGACUCGGCCAGGUACACCUGCAGGGCGUCCAAUCCCGCCGGAGAGGACGAAACCUCGGCGGUGCUUUCGGUGAAGGAGAGCGAGCCCGAGGAGGUGCUGCAAGCCCCGUCGUUCAGCAAGCCCCUGCAGCCCGGCCAGGCCAAGGAAGGGACCGGGUUCCAGUUCGAGUGCCUGGUGGAUGGGAACCCCUUGCCUACGGUGCAGUGGUUCAAGAACGGGGAGUGCAUCGAUAAUUCGCCCGAUUAUAGCAUCACCUACAACAACGGGAAUGCUAUACUCAAGUUCGAGGCGGUGAGGCUCGAGGAUAAGGCCGAGUAUUCCUGCAAAGCUGCUAAUCAAAUGGGGAAUGCACAGUGUACUGCUAAUCUCGCUGUUACUCCCGCCCAACCGGCCGAAGCGCCGACCAUCGUCUCUCCCUUGUCCAACGUGAUGGCCAGAGCGGGACAGAAAAUAAAACUAGAAUGCGAAAUCGCCGGCCUGCCCGCGCCCACUUUGACCUGGUCGCACAACGGCAAGCCGGUCAAAGAAACCCGAGAAAUUAAGCUCCAACAAGAAGGCGACAAGGCGACGCUGCUGGUGCUGGAAGCCUUCCCGAAGGACGCCGGCGCGUACGCGGUGACCGCGACGAACGUGGCCGGCGAGGCGGCCACCUCCUGCAGCGUAUCGGUGAAGGGCCGCCUGCCCACCGAAACGUCCGACUCGGAGAUAGCCAGCGACAUGGAGCCCGUCAAGCCGUCCAUCCAGCUGCCGCUGUCCAACGCCGCCGCCGCCGAGGGCGCCAGGGUGCGGCUCGACUGCGUCAUCGUCGGCCAGCCGGAGCCCGAGGUGAUUUGGUACCACGACGACCGGCCGGUGAAGGAGUCGCAGGACUUCCAGUUGCUGUUCCAAGGCGACAGGUGCUCGCUGGUCAUCCAGGAAGUGCUGCCCGAGGACGGCGGGGAGUACAAGGUCGUCGCGUUGAAUUCUGCUGGCGAAGCUUCCAGCAGGUGUAUACUCAGCGUCACUCCGUCCGAAAGUGGUAAACCCGCGGAAGAUAAACCCGGCGUGGCUCCUAAAUUCUCCAAGUUACUCACCGACGUUCUGGUGUCAGAAGGAGACCGAGUGAUUUUGGAAGGUAACGUAGCGGGCGAACCCACGCCUGAUGUUAAGUGGCUGUUGAACAACCUGCCGGUUACCGAUACGGAGCACUUCGUGUUCACUCGCGACGACGACGGCAAUUUCAAGCUGGAAAUAGCCAACGUGAAGCCGGAGGACAAGGGCGUGUACACGGUGAAGGCGACCAACAGCGCCGGCGAGGCGAAAUGUUUCGCCCAGCUCAUCGUCAAAUCCUUCAAACCCACGGACACCGUGCUGCACGAGGAAGUGAAACAACCGCCGGAAUUCAAAGAGGGCUUCGGCGAUCGCACCAUCUACGAAGACACCGCCACGAAAUUCGAGUGCAUCGUCGUGGGUAAACCGACACCAAAAAUCAAGUGGUUGUUCAACGAAGAACCGAUUUCUGGGAAAGAUUUCUUGGUAUCCACAUCAGGCAACCGAGAGGUUCUAUCAAUCCCGGUCGCCAAACGCGACCACUCCGGCACGGUGACUUGCCACGCGGAAAACGAAGCAGGCAAAGCCCAUUGCACCGCCUCGUUGCUAGUUCAACCAUCCGCCACCAUAGCCUUGCAAGAGAACCAACCGGAGGCGCUCCAGCACGUCGAAACCUCCUACAAAUCCAGCAAAGAGGUCGUAACGCAAUCCCAAACAUCGCACACCAGCAAGAUAAUCUCCGACAACAACAACGUGGAGGAGCACCGGGUGAUCUCGCAGAACGCGCAGACGUUCAAGCAAAUCGACGGCGGCGCUCCGGAAAUCGCCGAGUCCCGCCGGAUCGAAGAGUACCACAAGCUGCCGGAGAAGUCCCCGUCGUCGCAGGAACUCCAGGUGCACAAGCCGGCGAGGAUCCGACCGGCCAAGUUCGUGACUCCUAUUAUCGGCAAAAUAGUCGAUCAGUACGUCGACGUCACGCUGGAGGGCAUCCUCGACGGGCAGCCGGCGCCCCAGGUCAAAUGGACCAAGAACGGACAAGACAUCGUGGAAGACAAGAGAACCACCAUUACAUGGCAGAACAAUCGCACGGCGUUGGAAAUUAAAAGCGUUUCCGUCCAGGACGCCGGGAGGUACUCUUGUACCGCAAUCAACGAAGGCGGUACCGCCGUUAGUACCGCCGAUUUGGUUGUUAGAAAAACCAUUUUCCCGCCGGUGUUCGGUCGUCGAUUGCAAGCGCAAGUGAUCAAGAAAGGCGAUCGCAUCAUCAUGGAGGUGGAGAUUACUGGAUCACCCGAGCCCACUGUCACUUGGUACAAGGACGGCAACUUGAUCAACGAUCGCACCACCUACAAGAUCAAAUCCAUGGGGCAAGGGCACACUUUGAUCAUCGAUAACGCUGGUAUUAACCAUUCUGGUCGGUACAUGGUGCGAGCAACCAAUUCAGGCGGGGAAGCCCAGAGCAUCGCAGAUGUAGCUGUAAUCGAGCCGGCUCCGGAUAGUAUGGUGGAAGUCGUGAAAUCCGUGGUUUUCGAAGACGUGAGAAAGCAUGAAACAUUGCUAAUUACAAAUUUUCCUUUUAUAAACAAAAAACAGGCAACAUCUGCCGGCAAGUUAUCUGCUGUAAGCGAACAAGCUUUAGUACCGAUGAAGGUAACUGCUCCAACUGAUUCGCGUAUUAUAUCCACCGAAUUAUCGCAAAGUAUGAGCUGCAAAUCAGAGGUGACUUCUACUACAGAGCAAUCUUCUUCCGAGGAGAAGCGCGUGGUGAAACUCGAACACAAAAUGCCCGAUAUACCGAUGCCUAAACCCAUAGUACCAGCAGGUGCGGAUUUGCAACACGAAAUAUACCAAGAGAAGAAAGUCGACGAUCAAGAAGGCAUCGAAACCAGCUCGAUAUCGAAGCAAUCGUCUCUGCAAUAUUUCGUCAAAAAAAUCAAAGAAGGCGACGCUCCGACACCAAAAGAAAUAACCCUACCGGAAUCGAUCAAACCCGACAUUUACGAGAAAUUCGAGCAAAAAAUUCCCCCGCCGGUUCCACCCAAACCCGAACCUUCAAUACAGGAAUACCAUUCGUUCAAAUCGUCGCAAUCCAUCGUACCGCCUCAGGAGCACUUCCAAUCCUUCUCCACCACCCAAAUCACCCAGGACUUCCAACUGCAACCGGAACCGCCGGCGGAAAUCUGCUACGCCCCGCAACCGCCGCCUUCGUUCAAACGCCACGAAGACGUCUCCCAGAGGAUCAAGCGCAUCUCCGAAAGCCAGAAGGAGCUGUCGCCGCACGAGGUGCCCAGAGGGGCGAUAAAAAUCUUCCCGUCCACGCAGAAGACGACGUUCACGGAGUCCUCCUCGUCGUCGUACAGCCGCUCCAUGGAGAGCAGCACGUCCAAGACGCUGGUGCGACCUUCCUCCGUCCAAGGGGAACCGUCCGAAGAAGGCUUGGUGAUGGAGAAGCAAUGGGCGCACAAAUUCACCGACAGUCACCAGGAGAAGUCCUGGCCGCCGCCGCAACCGGAGGAGAUCAAGUACCAACCCACUUGGUCUGUACAAAGUACUCUCGAGAAGAAGUGGACUCCUAGCGUAGCCAAACAAGACACCUUCACCCAAAGCAAAUCGGAGUAUAUCAUAGAAGAAAGCAACGCGAAACCGUCGGAGAUAAUAAAAUCCUGGCCGCCGCCGCCGCCGCCUCCCGGCGAAACCAGACACGCGCUGGACGUACUGCCCAUCAGGCCUAUAUCAGUGCAGGACAUCACCGACGAGGUAUAUUUAGAACCCGGCCCGCCGCCCGAGAUCGCCUACGCCCCGCCCUGUCCGCCCCGGUCCCCCCAACCCCGAGAAUGGGUCGCCCCGCCGCCGAGGCCGCUGCCCGAGGAAUGGACCGCCCCGCCGCCGCCCCUGCCCCCCAAACAGGUAAUACCGCGAGCGCCCCCCGUGCCCGCGAAAAACCCCCAGCAUGCCGAGACCAGCUCGCUUACUGACACCCCGCUAUGGCCGGAGAGGCGGAGCGCUCCGGGAACGGGACCGCCGCCGGCGCCCGCCAAAUUCGCUAAGGGUAGAUUCGCCGACAGCGAUUACGAGAGCGAUUUCGAGGGCGUCAAGGAGGUGAAGAAGCUGAGCAGGCACGCCAGGGACGUGAAGAGAUCCGCGCUGGACGCGCCGGCGCUGGCGCAGCGCGGGAUCGACGGGUACAUGGCCGAUACGGAGCUUUGUAGGGAAGCUGGCGGAAGGUUUUCGAAAACCGGCGAAUCUGCCGAGGUCGCGAUUAAACCGCGCGUUUGUAGGAAGAUCCAGACCGACCAGAAGGAACUGGUGAACACUCCAAUAGUAACCAACCGCACGACGCAAAAGCUGUACGAGCACCAAGACAAGCACGUGCAAUUCGAGAAGCACCAAAGGACCAUCGUCCCGUCGCCGAUCAGACCCCACAAAGGUGAGUGUCGCGAGAGCGACUACGAAAGCGACCACGACAGGAGAAUACCGCCCGUCUGGGGCCCGCAACGCGCCCACAAAGAACCCGCCUACAAACCCGUCCGACCCGUACUAACACCGACUAAACAGCAUGACCAGUACGGACGAACACCCGCGUCCCCCGUCGACUACCGCCCGAAAUUCGAGCCCAUCAAGCCGGAGGUGAAACCCGCCCAGAAAACAGUCGUCUACAAACCCAAACCCAUCGCCGGCGAUCUGAUCCUCAGGCCGGGCACGCCGCCGGAGAUCGUGUACGCGCCGGGCCCCAAGAGCACCCAGUAUUACAGGUCGACGGUGAGCGCCCCGUACACCAACGCCGUCCAGCACGAAACCUCCAAUUCGGUGCACUUCGACGAGUCCAGCGAGCACUGCCAUCGCACGAUGAGCGUCCAGCAGACCCACAAGGUCAUCAAAUUCGGCGAGAAGGACACCAGGCGAUCCACCAGCGUGCCGCCGGCGGCGACGCCGACGCCCAGCAAAUUCGUGCCGGGCGAGUUCAGAGAAAGCGACUACGAGAGCGAAGUGGACGGCGCCAAGAUCAAGGCCAAGUGGACGCCGCACGGGCCGCAGGACGGCUCCGGUUACAGGCGAGUCAAAGCGCCGACGCCCGGCCGAUCGUCCAGCGUGCCGUCGCGCAAAGAACGCGUGCUCUCGCCCAUGGAGUUCGACACGCCGCCCGAUUACCGAAGGCAACAACACCAAUCGGUCUACGGGAGGUUCAGCGAGAGCAAGAACAGCCAGCUGGUGAAGCGCGAGCCCCAAUACGGCUACGCGCCCGACCACCGGAUCAAAUCCACCGCCGGCCGCAUAGCCGCCGAUCACAUGGACAGCAUGACGCACGCCUUCAAAUCCAAAACCCACAAGUUCGUCGCCGACAUCAUGGAAGACGUCAACAGGAAACAACCGGCCGUCAAGAACGGCGACGCCCAGGUCUACAGAGAGGAAUCCAGGGCGGCCCAAUACGGCACGAAGCACGUGGAUCCGGAUACCGGUCUGAUAUACUUCAAGUACGAUUUCGGUUACGAGUUCGGCAUAAUCCUGCCGGGCGAGGGCGGUAAAGCGGCGGCGGGCAAGCGGUCGGCGGCGGCGGUGGAGCCGCCGAAGCGGACGCGCGACAUCGAAUUGCCGGUGUACCACGAGAAAUCGGGCCAGAACCGGCGGCCGUCGCCGCAGUUCAAGCCGAAGGAGUUCGCGCCGACGGGGAGGGCGGCCAAUAAGUGGGAGCCGACGUCGGAGAGCGAGGUGUCCGAGGGCGAGGGCGGCAGGUCGAGCGGCGGCCGUUUGUUAGCAGGUUCGCGAUGGGAGCCUUCUUCGUGUAGCCCCGCAUCUCUGUCGCCUAGUUUGCCUAGCACGUCGCCGGCUUUUAAUAAUACUUUCGCAGUACCGGGACGCCAAACGCCGCCCAGUUGCCCCAGCACCCCGGGAAGUACCCACAAAGUCUUCAAUCCGGCCCAAGCUCGCGCUCCUCUCUUCAUAACGCCGCUUCGCGACAUAGCCGUGGUAAGUGGACAAUCGGCGAAAUUCGAGUGCAUAGUCCAAUCCGAGCCCCAGCCGAACGUCCUUUGGUCCAAAAACGGUAGAAUAGUGAACAAUUCCCGCGACUAUCAAUUGCACUAUCGCAACGGCGUCUGCAGGCUGACCAUAGCUCAGGCUUAUCCGGAGGACGCCGGUACUUACACUUGUACCGCGACCAAUCCCAUCGGAGCUGCUAAUACCUCGGCGACUCUGGAAGUACCAGGUGAGCGCAGAUCGCAGUAUAUAAAGUAGAAGGUGGCGGUGCUAACUCUCUAGUAGGUUGUUGUUGAUUGGGAAAAGCGGAAAAAUGGUACUAGUCAAUGUGGGUUUUCUUUUACUGUGCUUCGUAGUUGAAAUUAUGUAUACGUGUAUAUUUUAUUUUUCUCUUUGUUUCCUUUAUAUGAGUUGUUUUCCUGGCGCUGAAAUGCCGGCGGUACUUGCGAAAUAUAUAUAUUUAUAUUUGUUACCUUUACUAUAAUUUAUUUAUUGUGUCUGUUACUUUGGUUAUUAAAGCUUUUCUGCAUACGAAUAUUUUACCUUUUCUAUUUACCUCCUUUUUAUUUUUUCAACGGUAAGUUUUUGUUAACGAAUGAUUGAUUUGUAGAGUAGUUGUUACUAACUUUAGGAAAUUAAUUUAUUGCUUAUAAUUGAAUAUAAAAUUGACAUGAAAAGUGCAUGUAUAAA